AUGAAAGAUUUUAUGAUUCUAGUUGUAUAUUGGAUUGGUUCAGUUUUACAUUGCUAUCUUUUAUUGCCUCUUGAAGUUCAUUCUGCAGGGCCUGAACUGGCUUCACUAUCUACUCGGGUUGCCAAAGCUGGUCUAGCUUUAGAGACAGGAGUGUGUAUCCAUUUAGAUACUUGGGUUUGGGUAAUUGGUGCAUUACAUUGA